AUGGAGCAAAAAUUGCAAUUGUUAUCCUCCAGCAUCUAGGUUGACCCUAACAAUCCUCAGAUUCCUUAAAAUUUAAAGCAUUUGAAACUUGAAAUUUUUAAUGAAUUGGCUGCAAAUAGAUAGGCUACAGAAAAGCACGCCUUACAUUUCUGUGAGUUGGAAGUCACCUAUUUAUUGAUUUCAAAACAAAUUGAAAAUUUUGAAUUAGCAAUAGAAAGAUUGAUGAAAUUUUAUAAUUAAGGCCUAGAAAGCAGAGAUAAAGCUCACUAUACUGGUAUAUACUUGAUUUACCUGUUGUCCUUUAAUAAAUUUGCCUAAUAUUAUUCCCAAAUUGAAUUAUUACCAAAGGAUACAUUUUCAAACCCAUUUGUUCAUUUUGUGCUUUAAUUGGAAUACAAAUUGAGCAUAGGAAGUUAUUCUGAUCUUUUAGGUGAUUAUCAUCCAACAGGAAUUGAGACUGUAUUCUUAGAAAGAAUUAUGGACACUAUUAGAUUACAAACCGCCUUAAGUGCCAAUGCAUCAUACAAGAGUUUAACCAUUGAAAAUGCCAUCAAAUUAUUCAAUGUUAAAAGCAUUUAAGAAUUGUAGCAAUUUGCUUAGAAAUAACAUUUCAAAUGGAAAUUUGACAAUCAUCACGUUUAUUUUGACAAUGCUCAAAAUUUAGAGAAUCCCUUGAAUUCAGAAUUUUUGAUCUAAAAUUCCUUAAGAUAUGUUCAUGAGUUUGAUAAAAUUAUAUGAAAAAGUAGUAGUUAACAAUAUAAUCUUAUAAAUUACAAAUUUAAA